GGGGAAUCUCCAACACGAAACCACGUGCAUUCCAAGAUGGAUUAGGCAGCUGCCCUCCACCUGACAUACCAACCGCAACUGCGUCACCUUCUUCGCUUACUUGCCCCUCCAAACCCUCUUCUUGUUCCAUCCAAGAUACUAACCCUCGCUUGUAUAUGUUCACUUGUGUGUAUCGACACUCGACAACUUUAUAGCAUCUACCCUACUCGAACGUCUCAUUCCAACCUCCAAAUUGUCCGUACAAUCCCUCCAACCCGCCCUCCUACAGACCAUGAAUCUCCUCCAUUCCGCCCUCGACAAGGUGCGUGAUCGUUAUGCGCCAAUCUCACAUACCUCAACUUUCCGCGCCACUGGCCAGAUCACACCCGAAGAGUUCCUUCUCGCUGGCGACUAUCUCGUCUACAAAUUCCCUUCCUGGUCAUGGGCCGACGCCUCAAGCCCCGCCCGAAGAGUUAACUACCUCCCCGCCAACAAACAGUUUCUCGUCACUCGAGGCGUCCCAUGUCAUCGACGCCUAGAUGAGAACUUUGCAGGAGGUCAUGGCGCCGCGGAUGACCUUGUCAGAGAUGGCUUCCUCGGAGGCCCUGACGACGACACGGGUGGCGACGACGAUGGCUGGCUGAGGACUGGUGGCACCACUGAGAAGGAACAAGAAGGCCUUCGAGGGGAAGUGCGCACAAUGUCCGAAAGCGGCCAGUUAGGCAAGAAGGCCAGUGAAGAGGAAGAAGAGGAAGAGAUACCUGAUAUGGAGGACGAAGAUGACGACAAUGAGGCUAUCAUCCGCGACAAGACCGAAGGAACGUCAACACCCCUUCGAACAUAUACCCUUUAUAUCACUUAUACUCCUUACUACCGAACUCCUCGAAUGUAUCUCUCGGGUUAUCUCUCUCCCUCGGAACCCCUCGCGCCUCAGUUGAUGAUGGAAGACAUUGUUGGCGAUUAUAAAGACAAGACGGUCACCCUCGAAGACUUCCCAUUCUUUGACGCCUCGGUCAAAAUGGCCUCGAUUCAUCCUUGCAAGCACGCCAGUGUAAUGAAAAUUCUCCUAGAUCGCGCCGAUGCCGCUCUGAAGAUCCGACUUGAGAAGCAAGCAGCAGGCGCGCCCGGUCCUGCUAACAUCUCCGGCAUGGAGGGGUUGAUUGAUGACACCUCAAAGCUCUCCCUAAGCGAUCGCAAGAACGAAGAGAGACGCGGUCACGAGGCUGGCGUCAAAGCCGCUAGUGGCGGAGGUGGCGAUGAGUGGGAAGUAUUAGAUGAACAAGACGCCGGAAAUGCCGACGAAAGUGAAAAGGUGGCCAUCCGAGUCGACCAGUACUUGGUGGUGUUCCUGAAGUUUAUGGCCAGUGUGACGCCAGGCAUUGAGCAUGAUUUUACCAUGGGUGUCUGAGUGAAGCAAUAUCUGGUGUGUGAGGUUGAAGAAUCCCCUUGGUUGUGCCUGUAUGAGAUGCGCUGGACUAAGCAUGCGCGAGAGGCAAUUGGAGAGAACAUGUUGUGUUCUGGUCACAGGCUUGAUUUGGAUGUCAUGAAUGGCGAAUGCAUACGUUGAGAUUCAGGGAUAACAACGACCCUGACAUGCACAAGUGGAAUAGAAAGCGAUCGAUCUCAUCAUCAGCCAUGUUUUUGCCUGCUAUGCAUUGCAUUCACCCAAAGAAGCCGAAAUAAAGUACAGGUAGUGCCAAACACUCUGGUGGCCAUCUCAUUCUCGCUCCUCCUCGC